AGAGGAGGUUUAGUUGUUUGGUUUGGUUAGUCUGAUAUUGAUUCUGGAUUUCACUGUCUUGUUUUCUUCAGCAUUCAACAAACCUCUUCUCUUCACCCUCUCUAUUCCCUAUCCUCUUUCUUUGCUUUCUCAUCCAUUUCCUUUCUUUACCUAAAGCAAUUGAACUCUUUGAGGGCAUACACGUAAAGCAAGUUGGUUUCUGUAGUAGUUAGAGUUACAUGUGUUUUGCAGACACAUGGAAACACGUGACAUGGAUCCUGACGUUCUUCGCUGGGGUCUUCAUCUCCUAGAUGUUUGUACACUUUCCCAUCGUGGUUCGCCAAGUAUUGUAACUCAAUAUGAUCCAGAUUUAAGCCAAGUUGAAUAUGUUAGAGAAGGCUUCUGUCAGCAUGAGUAUGUGGAUAAUGAUGAGGCUGUUGCACGAGCUUAUCAAGAAGAAUUGUCUCGACUUGAUUCUAUGGGAGCUUCUGGGAUAUCCAAUUUUGAGAAUGAGGGAAUGCAGGGAUCUGUUUAUACGCAAGAUUGGUCUCAUUCUUCAAAUGGAAACUAUAACUUUGAUGAGUCUUGCCAGAACUCUGUGGACGAGUCCCAUAAUAUGAAAGAAGAGGAGAAUUAUGUUUCAAGUGAAAGGGGAGAUGUUGUACAUGAAAAUGAUGUUUUUGGUUCGUCUUCUGGGCAAGUAGAGGUACCUGAUACUAAUGAUGACUUCUGGGAUUCACUGGAAAUAUCGGAUGAAUCUUCUCUUGAUGGUGAAGUUGGCAAAAGAUUAAACCGGAUGGUUCCCAUUCCUCAUAUUCCUAAAACCAAUGAAAAAAUACCAUCUGAUGAUGAACAAAUAUCAGAUCAUCAAAGGCUUCUAGACAGAUUGCAGUUAUAUGAUUUGGUUGAGUGUAAAGUUCAAGGAGAUGGUAACUGCCAGUUCCGUUCUUUAUCAGAUCAACUCUAUCGUUCUUCAGACCACCACAAAUUUGUGCGGGAGCAAAUUAUUGAACAGCUCAAAUCUCACCCAGAAAUAUAUGCUGGUUAUGUUCCUGGUGCUUAUAGUGAUUAUUUGAAAAAGAUGAGCAAGAGUGGUGAAUGGGGUGAUCAUGUCACAUUGCAGGCUGCUGCAGAUUGGUAUGGUAUCAAAAUUUUUGUUAUUACAUCUUAUAAGGACACGUGUUACAUCGAGAUUAAUCCACAGAUACAGAAGUCUGGAAGAGUGAUAUGUCUGAGCUUUUGGGCAGAGGUGCAUUACAACUCAAUUUAUCCAGAAGGAGAAUUGCCCUUAUCUCAUACAAAGAAAAAGAAGAAAUGGUGGAAUUUCGGUUGAUAGGUUCAGUGUCAGACACAUCAUCAGUCCCUGAGUGUGAUCCAUCGGCUGUGAUUAUUUGAGCUUUUAAUGUUUAUUGUGGUUGCUAGCACUAACUCAGUCUCCAUUAUUUUGUAUAUAUUAACAUUUUAUUUUACUUGUAUAGAAUUUAUUCUUUUGUAUA